AUGGUACUAGAAUUAGAGGAAGAAUCUUUGGUCAGCAGUGUUAAAGUAACAGUUCAUAAAGAUUAUCCUCCUUCCUCACUAACUGUUUCUCUGGGAAUUCCAUCGAAUCACUUCCGAAAUUCCCGAGGAAAAUCUUAUAAUGCUGAUUAUUCGGUUCGUCAGGAAUUGUCAUUCAAAGAUGAUUUUCAUUUGGAAUACGGUAAUAAACAUCCGACAGCUACUGUAUUUUUAAAUUCACCUGCAAAAAUAUCCGUUCACGGUUUCUCGGAUUCUGACGUCAAUCAUCAUCGUCAAGUGUCAAUUCUUUCAGUUGUUAUUAGUGGAGCAGGUGAAAUACCCCCAUUCGACAGCCAUUUCAAGGACGAACCAAAACAGAAAACGAUGAGUUUUGUCGAACUCGAUAGAGGAAUUCUGUUGCCGUCGAAGGCAAAACCGAAAAUGAGAGAAACAAAGACAAUUGUCGGGCUUUAUGACACUGAUUCAGAGGAUGAAGAGAUAUUAUUUUCAAAAGAAAUGCUGAAUAGAUUACGGAAAAGAGAAGCUUCAAUGAAGAAUCCACAAUUACCUUCAUCAUCAUCAGCAGUAACAGAGGCAAUUACAGUGGAUACAAACAGUGAAAAAUCAGCACCGGAGUCAUCAUCGUCUUCAUCUUCAAAACCGCAAUCAUCUGUAUCACCACCAUUAUCCGACAGGUCGAAAAAACAGAUAUUGGACGAGAUUUUAGGAGUUGAUGAGAAAGGGAAUAAACGGAAACCGAGGAAAGAGGUAUACUUUGGUUCUCGAAUGGCUGAAUUCAAUAACAUGUUGAGACUUUUGGAAAGAAAAAGAGAAGAAUCUAUUUGGGAUGAAAAAUAUGCUCAAGCAUCUGCGAUAGAUGAAAGUGUGAAAGAUUUGAAAGCAAGAGAAGCUGGUCUCAGAGAACUGAUAAUUGAAAGAGAAGAUGCAUUGAAGGGAAAGAAUUUGAUUGUAGCACAAAGAAGCAAAGAUCGUUUUGAUAAAAAUAUGAGUGAUGCUCUCCAUUUACCAACUAUUCGUGGAUUCUUGAGUGAUGAAGAGCUAAAACGCCUCAAAAUCGAAUAG